AUGGCGCAGCAAGAAGAUCGGGACAUGGGCGAUGGUGUUCGUGGCCUUGCCGAUCCUGUAAUGGUGUGUGUCAAUAAAAGGAGAAGAAAAGGAACGGCCAUCGAGACUCUCCUCGAUCUCGAGGCAGUCUCCCUAGAGGAGUUGGUGGGGCGGCUCAAGGCAGUUGAGGAACGACUCGAUCGUGGGAGAGGAAAAGGUGGUGGAGGCUCGGGUGGCGGCGGCGGCGGCAAGGAGAUCAUCGGCAAGCUGUAUUUCACCGAGGAGCAGGUGAUGGCACGCCUCGCAUCCCGCCUCAACCUCAACUCCGACAGGUCGGCGGGGCACGGCAAGGCACCGGCCGGCUCCAGCAAGCGUCACGGCAGUACGGGCCACGGUAAGGAACGCGGGAAGGAAACGCGUUCAGGGCCACCCAAAGCAGGCAACGGCCAGGAGGGCGAUGAUGACGCCUGCCACUACUGUGGCAAGUUCAGGCACUAG